UUGGUUAGUAUCAGCUUGGCGCCCGUAGCGACGAGAUGGCUUCUACGGAACGGAAUCUUCUGCUGCUGUCGCUGGUGGUCAGCGCACUAUCCGGCUUGGUCCAACGAUCAGACGCGGCGCAGAUCAGCUUUGGCAGCUGUACGCCCCAGCAGAGCGAUGAGAGCGGCCAGUGCGUCCACAUAACCAGCUGCCCCUAUCUGGCCAACCUGCUGAUGGUGGAGCCAAAGACUCCCGCCCAGCGAGUCCUUCUCUCCAAGAGCCAGUGUGGCUUGGACAACAGGGUUGAGGGUUUGGUGAAUCGAAUCCUGGUCUGCUGUCCGCAGAGCAAGCGGGGCAAUAUCGUGGACUCGGAACCAACUCCUCCGACGGGGGAUGCACUGCAGCAGGGCAAUGUGCUGCCUGGAAACGACGUCUGCGGAUUCCUUUUCGCUGAUCGCAUUUUCGGGGGCACCAAUACUGCCCUCUGGGAAUUCCCAUGGAUGGUAUUGCUGCAGUACAAAAAACUUUUUCCUGAAACCUACACUUUCAACUGCGGCGGUGCGUUGCUCAACUCGCGCUACGUCCUGACCGCCGGACACUGCCUAGCUAGCCGAGAACUGGACAAAUCCGGCGCCGUCCUGCACAGCGUUCGCCUGGGGGAGUGGGACACUCGUACCGAUCCUGACUGCACCACCCAGAUGAACGGUCAGCGCAUAUGUGCGCCAAAACACAUCGACAUCGAGGUGGAGAAGGGUAUCAUCCACGAGAUGUAUGCCCCCAAUUCCGUGGACCAACGUAAUGACAUUGCGUUGGUGCGCCUUAAGAGCAGUGUUAGCUACACCGACUACGUGCGUCCAAUAUGCCUGCCCACGGAUGGCUUAGUCCAGAACAACUUCGUGGACUACGGCAUGGAUGUGGCCGGCUGGGGACUUACCGAGAACAUGCAGCCAAGUGAGAUCAAGCUGAAGAUCACCGUCAACGUUUGGAACCUAACGAGUUGCCAGGAGAAGUACACCAGCUUCAAGGUGAAACUGGACGAUUCUCAGAUGUGUGCCGGCGGCCAGUUGGGCGUGGAUACAUGCGGUGGCGAUUCCGGCGGUCCCCUGAUGGUGCCCAUAUCAACAGGUGGCCGGGAUGUCUUCUACAUCGCCGGCGUCACCUCCUACGGCACGAAGCCCUGCGGCCUAAAGGGAUGGCCCGGCGUCUAUACCCGGACGGGGGCUUUUAUCGAUUGGAUAAAGGAGAAAUUGGAGCCAAGGAAAAGCUCUCGAACUCAUUUAUCUCUGUUGCAAUAUGCAUCGCACUCAACCGCAGAUAUAGACCCUUGUCAAUCACAUUCACUGCCGGAUCUAGACAGCAGAUGUGCCGGAGAGCUUGCUCAGUAUCAGAUUGGGUUCUGGGGUAUCGAGAUGGCUUCCACGGAAUGGAAUUUUCUAGUAUUGCUAAUGGUGAUCAUGGCAUUUUCCGAAUGGGUCCAACAUUCAGACGCGGCACAGAUCACCUUUGGCAGCUGUACGCCCCAGGAGAGCGAUGAGCGUGGCCAGUGCAUCCACAUCACCAGUUGCCCCUUCCUCGCUGAAUUGCUGGCGACAGAGCCACAGACUCCCGCCCAGCUUCUCCUCCUCUCCAAGAGUCAAUGCGGGCUGGACAACCGGGCUGAGGGUCAGCUGAACAGCACCCUAGUCUGCUGCCCGCGAAGCAAACGGAUCGACGUCGAGGAGCCGGAGCCAUCGCAUUUACCAGGAAAUGAUCAGCAGCCUGGUAAUGUUCUGCCUGGAAACGAUGUCUGUGGAUUCCACUUCGCUGAUCGCAUUUUCGGGGGCACCAACACGAGCAUCUGGGAAUUUUCGUGGAUGGUAUUGCUGCAGUAUAGAAAACUUGAUGUCAACAAGUCGACAUCUUCAAAUGAGUAUACUUUCAACUGUGGCGGGACUUUGCUCAACCCCCUCUACGUCCUGACAGCUGGCCACUGCCUUGCGAACCGGAAGCUGGAGAAGGUCGGUGUCGUCCUGCACAGCGUUCGCCUGGGGGAGUGGGACACUCGUACCGAUCCUGACUGCACCACCCACAUGAACGGACAGCGCAUCUGCGCGCCAAGCCACAUCGACAUCGAGGUGGAGAAGGGCAUCGUACAUGACCAAUACGUGCCUAAUUCCGUAGACCAGCAGAAUGACAUUGCUUUGGUGCGUCUGAGAAGGAGUGUCAGCUACACCGACUACGUGCGCCCCAUUUGCCUGCCCACGGGCGAUCUGAUCCAGAACAACUUCGUAGACUACAGCAUGGAUGUGGCCGGCUGGGGCCUCACUGAAAACAGACAGCCAAGUCCGACCAAGCUAAAGUUGACCGUCAAUGUUAUGAAUCGAACGAAUUGCCAGUUAAAGUACACCUCCUUCAAGGUGAAACUCUAUGAAUCCCAAUUGUGUGCCGGCGGCAUGGCGGGUAUGGAUACCUGCGAUGGUGAUUCUGGCGGUCCUUUGAUGGUGUCUAUAUCGACAGGCGGUCGGGACGUAUUCUACAUCGCUGGCAUUACCUCCUACGGCACGAAGCAGUGCGGCCUCGGUGGAUGGCCCGGCGUUUAUACCCGCACGGGGGCUUUCAUCGAUUGGAUACAGCAGAAAUUGGAGGCAUAAUAAAUAAAAUUGCUAGUUUAUUCACA